AACCCAACAGUGUACCAAGAGCUACGUAUAGACGAUGACGAGAGCCUGUUCGCUUCUCACUUCAACUUCCACGACCCGACGGUGGUGUACUUUGGAGCCUUUUUGGAGCAGCCAGACGAUGGGAGCGGACUGCUAGUUAGAGAAUCCUACAUGCUCCGUGGGGACAGCAACUUCAUAAUCCUGGACCUGAGCCGGCUGGAGGCCGGGCCGUGGUACUUCACGGCGGCGGAGAAUACUUGGUACAUCGGACAAUUCGCCGCCAAGUUCGUGGACUACAUGGUCUCCAGGGGCCUGGACUUAAACAAGACGCACUUCAUCGGGCACAGUCUGGGAGCUCAGUCCGCCGGUGUGGCUGGUUCCGCCUUGAAGUCGGGCCGCGUCUCCAGGAUCACCGGUCUGGAUCCGGCGCUGCCGCUGUUCGACAAGCUACCCCUAUCGCAGAGACUGGACCCAUCUGACGCGAAAUUCGUGGACGUUAUUCACACAGAUGCUGGGAUAUUUGGCUUCAAAACCCCAAUUGGGCACGUGGACUUCUACCCCAACGGUGGGAUUAGUCCUCAACCUGGGUGCGAACUCGAAGUGGUGCUACAUGAGCAAAGAUUUCUCAACAAAUUCUUCUGCAGCCACUGGCGUUCAUACCAGUUCUACAGCGAGUCUGUGAUCCGGCCGAAGGCAUUCGUGGCCACCGCGUGCGGAUCGUGGAGGCAAUACAAGCGCGGCCUGUGCGCUGCACAGCACAGUAUCCAUAUGGGAUACGGAGUUGAUAGAACAGCUCGCGGCAUUUUCUUCUUGAUGACGCGUCGCCAGUCGCCAUAUUCGAUAGAAUAAUUUUAAUUCUAAUUAAAAUCGAAGUAAAAAUGCAAAGUACAGUCGACCGCACAUCAGAGUAACUAAAAUCCUGUCGCCGAGCACAUAAACCUUCGUCCAAUGACCGCAAGCUACCCAUCCUUGUCGCUCGCCCGUAAUUAUAUUGCUGUCGCGCGGGCACACUCAAUGCGGCCGCCCGUCGUACAGUCGCGACAGCAAUAUAAUUACCCGCGAGCGAUAAGGAUGGGUAGCUUGGGGUCAUUGGACGAAAUUCUAUCUGCUCGGCGACCGGACUUUAAAGAGUCCUUAGAGUACAGUCAGCGUCAAAUAGUUCGUGACACGCAAAGCGAGCAAAAAGUUGACAACACAACCUUAUUCCAAUUGUAACAAAGACGUGUUGCGAACUUUUUGACUACUUUGGGUGUCACAAACUAUUUGAUGCUGACUGUUCUAGUGUCAUUUUGAUGCGCCAUCGUCGGUACUUUGAAGCGAUUUUAUAACAAAAGUAUAAAUAUGAAUGAAAACUCAAACUGGAUUUUAAGACAUUGAUUUUGAAAACAAAUUGUAUGAAUGAUUCUUAUAUUUAAUUAUUAAUUAUGUUUCUGUACUAUAAAUAAAAUAGUUAAAUCAAAUUAGAACUCGUUUAAGUUUUAGUUUUGAAUUGUAAGUUUUUGGUUACCAUUUAGUUUUAUUUUAGCCGUAAUAUAUUUAUAUUUUGUAAUA